AUGGGCGUAUUCGAAGCUAUUCGAAGGCACGGACGUUAUCAUGGAUUCCUGUAUCAACUCAACCUUGAAGCGUAUCACUGGGAUAUUGCACAGCGCGUGGCGGGCGAAGACUUUGAGAGCAAGAAGACACGCAUGACGGGCGAGGACUUGCUCAGGCGUGGCAAAGAGGUCACGGCAAAAAUCGUCGCGCUUCACGACCCGAAGGAGGCGGAUUUUACGAUGCACGUCUAUCAGUCCUUCACCGAGUACCAGUACAGCAUCCAUAUUCACGGCAACAACACGGUUGCGAACGCGAAGGCCGCUGGGGCACUGGACGCACGGGAGCUGUACCCCAAUGUGGAGAUGACGAGCUUAAAGGAGUUUGCUAAUAAAGGCUUCUAUGCAAACCCAUUACCCCUUUACGAUGAUGGAUACUGA